AUGUCUUUGAAUCAGGACUCAGGCACCUCAAUCCGAAACCAGUGGGCUCAUCAGCAUGCCGUUCGAGGCAUCUUGGAAGAGCUUGAAAAGCACGCCCCCAAUCUCAGCAUCGAUAUCGGAGCACACCAUGUCCUCCCCCGUCCACCAAAGCCACUCCCGGAUCUACCAGAUUCUAAGUUCGUGACUUUCCUCAGGGUUGGAAUCAUCGGUGCUGGCGCUUCAGGUCUCUUUACCGGCUUGAUAUUCGACUAUCUUAAUGCGACCGUUUUCAAGAAGAGAGGCUUUGAGCUCAAGUAUGAUAUCCUCGAAGCUGCCAAGGAGGACAGGGUCGGAGGCAGGCUCUACUCGUACUAUUUCAGCGGUGAACCUCACGGCAAUCAUGACUAUUACGACGUCGGAGCAAUGAGAUUCCCUGAAAACCCAGUCAUGGAACGUGUGUUUGCGCUUUUCAACCUUCUAGGCAUGGAAAAGAAGGACCCAAAGCAGUCUCCCCCAGUGGGGUCCUUAAUCCCUUACUAUAUGACAUGCGGCGGGCCCAAUCCGGUUGAGCCGUGGCAUUACAACGAUAUCACUCAAUGGGGAAAUUAUAGCGAGAUUCACUCGCAGUCGCACGAUGGCGACCCAUUCCAGAUCAAUACAACAAAAACCAUCCCUGAGAGUAUCUUCAAACACUCUCCCAAUGACGUCGUUAAAGCAUCUAUUAAGCCUUUAAGAGACGCACUCAAAAGGGAUGCCCUUUCCAAACCGCCUGGCCGUGAGGGUUGGGAUCUCUUGAUGAAAUACGACACCUACAGUACCCGCCAGUUUCUAGGCGUUGGAACCAACUGGUAUGACCAAGCACAUAGUGAGACGGUGCUGGAAUCGUUGGACUUCGACUUUGAUUCAACUACGAAUUGGUACUGUAUUCUCGGCGGUGCGCAAGAGUUGGCGAAGCGAAUGCAGGCCAAACUCGUACAUAAACCUCAUUAUGAGCGCACGGUUACCGCAGUCAGAAAAAAGGGCAUGUUGCAGAUGGAAGUGGACAUCAAGCAUGGCACCAAAACGAAAAAGUCCCAGUACUCCGCCAUUUUUAAUUCCGCACCACUCGGUUGCCUGAAGAGAAUGGAUACCAGUGAAGCGGGCCUUAACUACGCCACUAAACAAGCAGCUCGCUCUCUCGGGUACGGUGCAUCAGCCAAGGUCGGAAUCAAAUUCAAACGUGCAUGGUGGAUCCACGAUUUGGGCAAGUACAACGUCAAACUUGGUGGCCUUGGCCAUUCUGACCUGACUAUUCGCACCUGUGUCUACCCGUCAUACAAUUGCUAUGAUUCCCCAGACAAACCCGCCGUGUUACUCUGCUCUUACUCAUGGCAGCAGGACGCCGAACGCAUCGCCUGCCUAUUCUCCAACAACCCAGACCACAAGCAAAAGGUCAAGGAGGAAGCCGUGCUCAAAGAAAUCCUGUUGCGUGACCUCGCUCGCCUUCACAAGAACCCGGACAUGACCGAGGAGAAAGUCUACAAGCUUAUCAGCGACAACUACAUGGACCACCACGCAUUCGACUGGUACAAAGAGCCCAACGCUACUGGAGCCUUUGGAUUCUUCCGUCCCCAACAGUUCAGCUCCAUGUGGAAUAAGGUUAUCCAGCCCUCCGGUGACUUUGUUAUUGUCGGAGAAGCCGCCAGCCCCCAUCACGCAUGGGUGGUGGGCGCUCUUGAGAGUGCCGUUCACGGAGUACACGCCUGGCUGGGACAAUACCGGAACCUUGUACCAGGAGGAGAAGAGGCGCUCAAACUUCUUGAGACGUACGAUCCGAAAAAUCCAUUGGUCGGCUUGCCGCCGUACAUGGAUGAGAAGAUGUCAAAAUGGCACUCCUACUUGGGUGUUGUUAGCAGGCUUGGCCAGGAUCUCGGUGUUGACGAUGUGAUGAAUCAUUUUGAGACAUUGAGCCUGUCUGGUACGGGAGGAUUGGCAGAGUUUCCAGUUUCUAUCUGA